AUGACUUCAAAAAAAAAUAGAAGUGAUAUAAAUGGCAGUGUAUGCCUGUCUCCGUCCACUGGAGUUGCUCCUCAGACAUUUGCUGCUGCCAUUCAGUUCUUCACUGCCGCACAAUGUCUUUUACACCAAAACAUUCAACCAGAUGACGAAGUGACAGAUAAUAGCAAAUUUGAUUUUAUAAUUAUUGGCGGAGGCUCAGCUGGUUGCGUUUUAGCGUCACGACUUAGUGAAGUAAAAAAGUGGAAAGUACUGCUUAUAGAAGCUGGAUCACACCCUCCCAUAGAAAGUGCGAUACCAGGAUUAACCGGAGCAGUUUUUGGCACAAAAAAUGAUUGGAAAUAUUUUACUGAAAACAAUAAAGUUAUAGACCAGGCACUUCUAAACGGAUCUGUAUAUUGGCCAAGAGGAAAAAUGCUAGGAGGGAGCAGUAGUAUAAAUGCUAUGUUUUAUGUAAGAGGGAAUACUUAUGAUUAUCAAAGAUGGUAUGACGCAGGAAACAAAGAUUGGCACCCCAAAAUCGUAGCAAAUUAUUUCGAAAAAGCGGAAUCUUUACAGGAUCAAAAGCUUUUAAAAGAUCCUUCAAUUAGGAAUUUUUACGGUCGCAAUGGCCCUCUCACUGUUAAUACUUUUAACGGCACUUAUAGAGAUGCUUCAAAGAAAGUGCUUGACUCAUGGGACGAAAUUGGAAUAAAAACCGUCGAUGAUUUGAAUAAAGCGAAUGUUUUGGGAUCAGGAAUUUCAAGGGUGACUGCUGGUGAUGGACGACGAGCUAGCACAGAUUACACAUAUUUAAAUCCAGUUCGGAAUAGGGAUAAUUUAUAUGUUUUAACUGACACAUUGGUCACGAAAGUGUUAAUUGAUAAAGAAACAAAAGUAGCUGAAGGUGUUGAAGUUGAAAGAAACGGUGCAAAUUGA